GCUAGCCACAUAUCUCUAGAUACCACACCCAUCUAUACAGACUAAUCAUUUGCUUCUCAAUGGCUUCUCUUCUGCCUCAUCUGAGCACUUUUGUGGCUGGACUAGCAGCGAUUCUUGUCCUUUUCUUCUAUCUCUUUCGGUCGAGAGUUACUCUUAGCAAAACAAGGGCACCCCAAGCUGCAGGUGCAUGGCCCGUAAUUGGCCACUUACGAUUGUUAGGAGGACCGCAGCUUCCUCACGUAACAUUGGGAGCCUUGGCCGAAAAAUAUGGUCCUGUCUACUCCAUUCGGAUAGGGAUUCACCCAGGAUUGGUGGUGAGUAGUUGGGAGAUAGCCAAAGAGAUAUACACCAAUUACGAUGUGGCUGUCACCAAUCGUCCAAGAAUGAUAGCCGCAGAGCACUUGGGUUUCAACUAUGCCAUGGCUGGGGUCGCACCCUAUGGUUCAUACUGGCGUGAAAUGCGUAAAAUAAUCAACUUCGCUCUGCUCUCUAACCGUAGACUCGAAAUACUCAAGCAGGUUCGAGUAUCCGAAGCACAAGUCUCAGUAAAAGAGCUAUACAAAACUUGGUCCGAAAGAAACAAUGGCUCAGGCCAUGUUUUAAUUGAAAUGAAGCAAUGGUUUGGGGACUUGACCUUGAAUGUGAUAGUUAGGAUGGUUGCUGGCAAGAGGUACUUCGGUUCGGGUGCAAAGGGUGAUGACAAAGAGGCCAGACGGUGCCAAAGGGCGAUGAGGGAAUGGUUUCAUUUGUUAGGGGUAUUUGCCUUAAAGGAUGCUGUUCCUUUUCUUGGGUUUCUGGAUUUGGGUGGGCAUGAAAAGGCCAUGAAGGAGACAGCUAAGGAAUUGGAUAGUAUUGCUAGUGAAUGGUUGAAGGAGCAUAAGCAGAAGAGGGCCUCGGGUGAGGCCGAAGAUCAAGACUUCAUGGAUGUUUUGCUUUCUCUCCUCGAGGGUACAAACCUUGCAUCAGAAUUCGAUGUUGACACAAUUAACAAAGCCAACUGUUUGAGUAUGAUUACAGGAGGAAGUGACACCCCUAAGGUUACUCUAACAUGGAUACUCUCCUUAUUGUUGAACAAUCUUCAUUGGUUGAGAAAAGUUCAGGAAGAGCUAGACAUUCACGUGGGCAAAGAAAGACUAGUGAACGAAUCAGAUCUUAGCAAGUUAGAGUGCCUUCAAGCCGUAGUCAAAGAGACAUUACGCCUACAUCCUCCAGUACUUCUCUUCCCACGGUUCUGCACUGAUGAAAUCAUCGUAAGUGGUUAUCAUGUCCCUCGAGACAGCUGGAUAUUCUUAAACCUUUGGAAGAUCCAAACUGAUCCACGGGUCUGGUCGGAUCCUUUAGAAUUCAAGCCAGAAAGAUUCCUGACAACCAAUAAAGAUUUCGAUGUUGGGGGUGAUCAAUACUUUGAGUUGAUCCCAUUUGGUUUUGGUAGAAGGGUUUGCCCUGGAAUGUCUUUUGGCCUUCAGAUGGUACACUUGACGUUGGCUAGUUUGUUGCAGGCGUUCGACAUCUCCACUCCUUCAAAUGCAAUGGUGGAUAUGACUGAAGAAGCUGGACUGUCGAACAUGAAAGCCACCCCACUCGAAGUUCUUGUUAGACCUCGCCUUCCUUCUAAAAUUUAUGAAUAAUAAGUAAUUAAAUUGGCUCUGAGCAGUUCUACUUCUAACUAAUAUGCUUCAUAAAAGUUGUACACACAAAUUCUACUCGAAAUUAUGAGACAAAUAUAAAUAUUUGAUGUGAGUGAUAAUUUUUUCACUUCGUCUUUAAAAGUUACGAAUUCA